CAGACAGAGGAUUGUUGUGUAACUGAAUAGGCACACUGCGGCUGCAUUGUGUAAAUAGCCUACGUAUUAGAGCAAUGGUUAGUGUUAUGUUCAUUAAGACAUUCCUUUGCGGAUUGAAGCAAAAAGGGGUGGGGGGCUUUACAUAAUUAUGUAGGCCUAUGCUUUUUCACGUGAAAUGGUCCUUUAAAAGAAGGCUGCGUUUGAUCACUCAUAUGCACAUCCACAGUGAGCGGACAGUGAGAAGUGGGCUGUGAUUUCUUCACAUAUUUUUGUGACUAAAUCGCAUUCAAGAUGGUGACUUCCUACCCCUUACCGGAGGGAUUCUCCGAUUUCGAUGUGUUCUCUCUGGGAUCUUGUCUUCUUGUAGAGGGACUCCUUGGAUUCUUCCUAAAUGCCGUGACGGUUGUUGCUUUCCUUAAAAUUAAGGAAUUGCGGACACCAAGUAAUUUCCUCGUAUUUAGUCUUGCCAUGGCUGAUAUGGGAAUCUGUUCGAAUGCCACCAUUGCGGCAUUUUCCAGUUUUCUUAGAUAUUGGCCCUAUGGAUCUGAUGGAUGUCAGACUCAUGGCUUCCAGGGGUUUGUCACUGCUCUCGCCAGUAUCCACUUCAUUGCUGCCAUUGCCUGGGACAGAUACCAUCAGUAUUGCACCAGAACUAAAUUGCAGUGGAGCAGUGCCAUCAGUCUGGUGAUCUUCAUCUGGCUCUUUACUGCCUUCUGGUCUGCCAUGCCUCUGAUUGGUUGGGGAGAGUAUGACUAUGAGCCCCUGAGGACCUGCUGCACACUGGAUUACAGCAAGGGAGACAGGAAUUACGUCUCUUACUUGAUCCCUAUGGCUAUCUUCAACAUGGGUAUUCAGACAUUCGUUGUUAUGUCCUCCUACCAGUCCAUUGACAAGAAAUUUAAGAAGACUGGUCAACCCAGGUUCAAUGCUAACACUCCUCUGAAGGUCAUGCUUUUCUGCUGGGGUCCAUAUGGAAUCCUGGCUUUCUAUGCUGCCAUUGAGAACGCUAACCUGGUAUCACCUAAGCUGAGAAUGAUGGCUCCCAUCCUGGCUAAGACCUCCCCAAUGUUCAAUGUCUUCUUGUAUGCCCUUGGAAAUGAGAACUACAGAGGAGGAAUCUGGCAGUUGCUCACUGGGCAAAGGAUGGAAGUGCCUCAAAUUGAGAAUAAGUCCAAAUAAAUAAUUAAUUUAAUAAUCACACCUA